UUAUAAACAGAAGCGUAAACUAAUUUGCGCUGUUUAACCAUUGCACUCAGGAAACUUAUAUCAAACAGUUGAUCAUGAGGCUCUUCCUAAUAUUCCUGACGUUAUUUUUAAAAUUAAUACACGUUGAAAACAGGAUGAUAAGAAAUGAUGUUAUCGUGCCCGUGUCCGCUACAGAGGAUCAAGAAGCAAAUUAUGAACACUCUGACCAACAACACGAGAGGGUGAUCGGACUGAAGAAUAACGAUGAAAGUGAACAAGAAGAAGACAGUGAGGAAUUGGAAAAGAAAAUUAGUAAUGAAAUAAAGAAGCAAUGUGCCAUUGUGGUCCUCUCCAACUUGCAAAAUCAGGAAGUUCGAUCGCUACUCAGGAAAUACAGAUAUAACGCUGAUGGAUCGCUCAUCCCAAGUAGCGUGAAGUAUUACAUCAAGCUGCCGCAGAAUUCACCAAAUGGACCAGUUCUGGUGCCGCUAAACGACAAGGCCUUUUCUCCUAUGGGAGGUUUUGUCAGGUAUUAUAAAGAGGUCCCGCCUAUUCCACGCACCUGGUAGAUAUGGCGUUAAAAAUAACAUUAUCAUACCAAUGUAAGUUACGUUGAUUUAUUCAAUAAAAUAUUUAAAUGCAAGAUGUUUCAUUUUAAA